AUGUCACCUUCGUCGACAGGCGACUCUCCUCGCUCCAUGGGAGGAAUGAGCAAUUCGGGAAGGCCCUUUCCCCUGCCAAAUAGAGAAAAUUUCACAGUCGAUAUUCCGUCGCAACCUACUGGUAGCACAAACGGGUCGUCUCUGAAGUCACCGAAUGCAACAAAGACAGCACGAACUGCAACUUUCAGUAGGGAGGGUAUUCUGGGAUCUGCGCAGAAAACACGAAACCUAUCUCAGUCUUCCGAGGCGCGACCAGAGCAGAUAAUGAGUGACUUGCAAAAGGUCUCCAGCGAUGAAAGCAUAAAUCCGUUGAAGCGUCGAAACACAGACGCCACCAUAGACUACCCUCGUAGGAGAGCGACGAUAGCGUGCGAGGUUUGUCGGUCCCGUAAAUCUCGAUGCGAUGGGACCAAACCUAAGUGCAAGCUCUGCACUGAACUUGGUGCGGAAUGCAUAUACCGUGAGCCCGGUAUCAAGCUCGACGCUGGCGAUAAACUCAUUCUGGAACGGCUCAAUCGUAUCGAGAGUCUCCUCCAGAUGAGUAUAGUGAACAGUCCGAACGGCAUGCACAUUGCUGAGAACUCGCCACCGAUCAGCAAUGGUACUGGUUUGAGUGCUGAUAAUCUUCUCGCCAAUGCCAGCUCAGGUUUUGUGUCGAUCAUACCUAGCGGUGGUCUAGGUACUUGGACGCAACAUACAACGAAUAGUAUAUCUACAAUGCCAAAAGUGCACACCAAUGCCGCCCUGCACCUGCUGCAGUGGCCGCUGAUCCGAGACUUGGUUCAACGGCCCUAUGAUCCUCAGAUAUUACUGCAACUCGAAAUGGCCCGGGAACCCCUUCCUUCUCUUGCAAAAACACCGUGUGUCGAUCUCUCCAAUACGCAUGCUUAUAUUGAGGCAUAUUUUGACAGAGUAAACGUCUGGUACGCCUGCGUGAAUCCUUACACUUGGAGAAGCCACUAUAGAAGCGCUUUGUCGAAUGGGUUCCGGGAAGGGCCUGAGAGCUGCAUUGUUCUCUUGGUACUUGCACUUGGACAGGCAAGCUUGAGAGGAAGUAUAUCUAGGAUUGUUCCUCAGGAGGAUCCACCAGGGUUACAAUACUUCACGGCAGCUUGGUCAUUGCUUCCCGGCAUGAUGACCUCAAACAGCGUUUUGGCGGCGCAGUGCCAUCUUCUUGCGGCUGCCUACCUCUUUUAUUUGGUGAGACCGUUAGAAGCUUGGAAUCUGUUAUGCACCACGAGCAGCAAACUACAGCUGCUCCUUAUGACCCCAACACGGAUUCCGGAGGAUCAAAGGGAACUGUCGGAAAGGAUCUACUGGAAUGCACUGCUCUUCGAAAGCGAUCUGCUGGCAGAGCUUGACUUGCCACACUCUGGGGUUGUUCAGUUAGAAGAGCACGUCGGGCUCCCUGGUGGAUUCCAGGGUGAGGAGUCUGAAGCAGUCGGCCGUGAUGAUCUGUGGUACUUCUUGGCCGAGAUUGCACUGAGGCGGUUGUUGAACCGCGUCAGUCAACUCAUCUACUCUAAAGAUUCCAUGGCAUCGACAACUAGUCUAGAACCAGUGGUGGCGGAACUCGACUUCCAACUGACUCAAUGGUACGAAAGUCUGCCCGUAGCGCUGCAGUUUCCAUUUACGCGGCAAGCACUGGCGGAUCCAGUACAGACCGUCCUGCGUUUACGAUUCUUUGCUUGCCGAACGAUCAUAUACCGGCCAUACAUCCUGGCGGUUCUCGAUAAUGAGCAAGCUGUUUUAGACCCAUCAGUACGGGACAGUUGCCACAAGUGUCUGGAAGCCUCCAUCCGGCAGUUGGAGCAUAUUGGUGCACAUCAUGCCGGCCACAUGCCAUAUCUAUGGCAAGGUGCUCUAUCCAUCGUCUCACAAACCCUCCUCGUGAUGGGUGCGACGAUGUCACCGUCGCUUUUAAGCAUCCUGUUAACUCUUGUACCCCACCGUGAGGUCAUCGAUCAGAUUAUUAACGACGUGAUCAUGGAUAUUGAGAGGAUGGCAGUUCUUGCGCCCAGUCUGAGUCUCGGUGCUGAGAUUAUCAAAGAAGCUGAAGUCCGGCGACGGACUUUCCUGAAUGGCUGA